GGCUUGCGUACCAGACUUCACCGAUGCUAUAUCUUUACAUGUCUACACUUCCAACAAUCAUAGAGAUACCACAUGCAUGGAUUCCGCUAUAAUACAGUCCUAUAUCAUUCAUCCAUAUUGCCGCCGAGAACGAAACAGGAGUGUCGUACUAAAUACAAAGUCACAAAAACCAUUCAUCAUACAUACUCGCGAACCAUUAGAGAUAGAACAUGGUCUCCUUCAUCCCGCCGGCCACGCCAUUUCUCCACAUCUUCUCGCCUUCACGAUAUACUUCAACUUCGCCACCCUCGCUAGUGGCAGUGGUACCGCUGUCCGAAAUGCCUUGGAGCAAAGAGUGCAAGUAACACCUGCCACGUUCACAAGCAAGGUCGGCGUAAUAGGCCGGAGAAACCAAACUGACCGCCUUCGUUGCACGAGCGAACAUGUAGCUGACGUCAUUUGUAAGGCCUUGCAACUGGUCUGCUGCGAAGCCAAUCUCAUCGUGAACGACGUAGUAGUUGUAUUCAGCGUAUGACAGCAAGCCAUGCACCCACCUUGCAAGAAGAAAUCAAACUCGUAGAC